AUGGCAUCCCCAGGCGGCCCUCCGCCGGGCGCCCAACCCUUCAGCCCGCAACAAAUCCAACAAUUGAUUGCCAUGGAAGCCCAAAAGCGCGGAAUGACCAUACCUCAAUUUCAAGCCUUCCAACGACAACAGAUCGAGGCCGAAGCCGCCAAAGCGGGAAUGACCCCUCAGCAGUUUGUGCAGAUGAAGCAGGAAGAGGCUAGACAGCAGUUCAUGCGCCAGCAACAAGCGGCUCAGCAGCAACAACAGGCACAGGGCGGGCAAGCACAAGGACAACCACGAGGACCGCCGCCCGGGCAGCAGGCCCAACAUAUCCCGUUGAAUGCGAAGGUCGAGGCUAAACCCGAGGCGCUGGCAGUCGCGAAGUUUCUACGUUCCCAGGAUUUGAAAACUAGAACAUGUAUCUUGAAUAGCGAGAGGAAGGAUAUGUUCAAAGUCAAACGUGCAUUCCGUGCCCUGAACUCCGACACCUACAAGAAGGCCCAAAAGAAGGAGCCCUUAUUGCCCAAAGUCGAGAAUGACGUGGAUGCCCGUGCAGCCCUGCAACUCCUCCCCCUCUCGAUGCUCGCUUUGCGGGUUUCCAAAAAGGAUCCACAUGAGGGACACAACCACCCCAAACCCAAGAAAGAGAAACGAGUCAAGGGGUUGUGGGAAGUCAAGAUCGAGCAACAGCAGGAUUUUGACCCUAUGAUGCAUUACGUCUGGUUGUAUGAGGGAUCGCAGUGGAAGACUAAACUGUGGGCAGCAUUGGUUGUUGUCUUGGUCUUCGCAGCAGUUCUCUUCCCGCUCUGGCCGCUCGUAUUGAGACAGGGCGUGUGGUACCUUUCGGUCGGCAUGAUGGGGCUGAUUGGUUUGUUCUUUGCCAUGGCUAUCUUCCGCCUGAUCCUCUUUAUCAUCACCUUCUUCCUUGUCCCACCUGGACUAUGGCUAUAUCCCAACCUCUUUGAAGAUGUGGGCUUCUUCGAUAGUUUCCGGCCGCUGUGGGGCUGGCAUGAAACGAAGGAGGAUAUCAAGCGAAAGAAGAAGGAGAAGAAGGCCAGGAAAGCUCAGAAAAAGCUAGCCGCUGCCGCUGCCGCUGGUGGUGGAGGUGAGAAAAAUACGGCUCCGGCGGUGGUGCCGCCCUCGAAUGGUGCCACCGUCACGUCUGCAGUUGAGCCUGCUGCCACGUCGACCGCAGCUAAACGACAUGUUGCCCCAACGGUGGAGGAGGCUGAUGAUGAAUGA